AUGGCCAAUCCCACCUAUCCCUCACGCGCCACCACUUACCCCGCCUCCAAACGCCGCAGACUUUCCGACGAUGACCAUCACUCUCUGCUACCAGGGCUGCCAGAUCAUAUAGCCCAACUAUGCAUCUCUCUUAUCCCUCAGUCGGCUUUGUAUUUCGUUUGUCGGUCAUGGCGCCGCCUCAUCUAUUCCGCCUCCAUCCCUCCUUUCCGAUCACUUUAUACUCUCUCUCUACCCAAAGCCACCACCGGCUGCGGGGGUGAAAGCCGCGAUAACCAAAUGCCUAGACUCUCUUCCUUUGAUCCGAUCUCUUCUAAAUGGAUUACUAUCGAUUCUCCACCACUACCACCCUUCCUCCACCGUCUUUCCCUCCGUCAUCCAUCGUUCAUAUCCAGGAAUUUACCCGUUCAAUCUGUUUCAGUCUCCGGCAAUCUCGUCCUCCUCGCCGGAACCUCCGGAGACCUCGUCCCUGCCCUCCCACAUCCCCUCGUCUUCAACCCACUAUCCAACGAUUGGUCGUACGGUCCCCCACUCUCAACCCCACGAAGGUGGUGCGCAGUCGGAGCAUCACGAGGAACGGUGGUCGUCGCUAGUGGAAUUGGUUCUCACUACACCCAGACGGUUGCUAGGUCGGUGGAGAAAUGGGUGCUACGAAAGAUUGAAUCUUCUCAUAAAAAACGAAUAGAUCCCGAUGGGGUUUGGGAAGAGAUGCGAUCUUUAAGAGAUUCCAAGCUUUGUAGAGAAGCUAUCGACGCCGUCGGAUGGAGAGGAAAACUUUGUAUGGUAAACGUGAAAGGUGAUUGUGCAAAACAAGGGUUUGUUUACGAUGUGGAUUCCGAUGAGUGGGUGGCGAUGGCUGAAGGGAUGUUAGGUGGUUGGAAAGGGCCGGCGACGUCGAUGGAUGAAGAGACGAUAUACGUGGUGGAUGAAUCAAGAGGUGUAUUGAAAAGAUACAAUCACGAUAGGGAUGAUUGGUCGGAUAUUAUGGAGGAUAAGAGGCUGAAAGGGGCCGAGUACAUUGCCGCCGGGGGUGGUAAAGUGUGUGUUGCGUGUGAAAAGGACGUAGGGAUUUUAGUGGUGGAUGUGAUGGCCACGCCGCCGCGGUUGUGGGUUGUGGAAACGCCUGUAGGACAUGAAAUCUUGGCUCUUCAUAUUCUGCCGAGGAUGUGUUCGCCGGAGUUUCAAUUGCCGGAAACUGUAUAG